CAUUGAAUUCAGCAAUGGGGCUGCCAGUCCUUACCAAUGGGGUUUCGGGCCACGAUGGACAGCAAAGCAUGCUGGACAAGAUCAAGGGUCUGACGGAUGUUGGCGCUAUGACCCGGCUACUGCAUGAGACGAUUGCCCAGGAGCGGGAGAUUGACAAGGAGUUGGAAGUCCUGCUGGGGCAACGACAGGAGCUGGAGAGGAAACUCAGCAGCCUGCACAAAUCAGCUGAGGUGCUCGAGCUCGUCCGAGCAGACUCAGACCAAAUGGCCGCCAGCGUGCGCAGCACGUGCAGCCUCGCAGAGCACGUGAGCGGAAAGGUCCGGGAACUAGACAUGGCGCAAUCCCGGGUGCAAGACGCGAUCACGCGCAUCAACGCCAUCGUGGAUCGCACCAGUUGCAUAGAGGGCGUGAAGACGGCACUCGAGGGCGAGGACUACGAGGCGGCGGCCAAGUAUGUGGAGACGUUUUUGGAGCUCGAUGGGGCGUACCAUGAUGCGGCGGUGCAGGAGAACUCGGCGGAGACAGCGAGAGAGCAGGUGGAGCAGCUGAUGCAGUCGAAGCAGCAGCUAGAAGAGGUUAUCCGGAGCAAGUUUGCGCAGGCGGUGGAGAGCAAAGACCACGAACAGGUCGUGCGCUUCGCAAAGCUGUACCCCCCACUGCAGUUGCAAGAGGAGGGCCUCCGAACAUUCACAGCGUAUCUGCGGGGCCAAGUCUCCGCCUCCGCCAAGGAGAGCAUCGAGGCGCUCGUACUGGCCAUGGACCGGCCCGCAGUCAAAGGCGCGGGUCCGGACUUUGUCGGAGUGCUGACGGAGCUCUUCAAGGACAUCGCACUGACGAUUGAGGAAAACGAGGAGCUGCUGCGAACGUCCUUCGGCGAGGACGCCGUCCCGUACGUCGUCCGCGAGCUGCAGGACGAAUGCGAGACACGUGGCGCUCAGAUACUGCGCCAGUACUCGGAGUACCGAAAACUGGCGCGCCACGCCAAGGACGUCACCGCAAAGCCUUCCGGGGGCGUUGGAACGGCGGAGGGAGUGGACCCCCGGGAGGUGGAGGUGUAUUUGGAGGAGAUGCUGUUGUUGACACAACGGAGCGAGGAGUACUCCCAGUUCAUGAUCGCCAAGAUCCGGGAAGCCGAGGCUGGUGGCGCGCAGCUGAGCCCCGGCGAAGUGGACGCCUUCAAGACCGGGGCGUUCAGCCGGGCGGUCCAAGAGCUGCUGGGCUACUACAUGACGUUGGAAGAGUACUUUAUGAGUGAGAACGUCAGCAAGGCGGUGCGCAUCGACGAGUUCGUGGAGGACGCGCUGACGACAUCCAUGGUGGAUGACGUUUUCUACAUCCUGCAGAACUGCGCGCGGCGGGCCAUCUCAACAGGCAGCGUCCAGUGCGUGUGUUACUGCCUCAACACGGCCAACAACCUGCUGGGCAACGAGUACAAGGAGGCGCUGCACCGCAAGACGCGCGAGCCCGCGCUCGCGGCCAAGCUCUUCGCGGGCGCGGCCGCGGCGCCCAAGAGCGGCGCCGAGAUCGCGACCGCGCUCAACAACGUCGACGUCAGCGCGGAGUACGUCCAGAAGCUGCGGAACGAGCUCGACGAGUUUUGCGCAGAGAUGUUCUCUGCCCCUGCCGACCGUGAGAAGAUCAAAACCGUUCUCAACGAUCUGGGCGAAACAGCAGCGGCGCUCAAGGCGAUGGCGGUCUCGAGCCUAGAGGGCCUGGCCAACAGCAUCAGCCCGCGGUUCCGGCCGCUCCUGGACGCGGUUAACGCCGUGGGUUACGAGCUAACCGAGGCGCAGUACGCCGAGAACGAGAUUCACGACCCGUGGGUGCAGAGUUUGUUGGUGGCGGUGGAGCAGAACGUGACGUGGUUACAGCCGCUGUUAACCACCAAUAACUACGAUUCGUUGGUACACUUGAUUAUCGAGUAUAUAGUGAAGAGGAUAGAGGUCAUCAUGACGCAAAAGCGGUUCAAUCAACUCGGGGGGCUGCAACUAGAUCGGGACGCUCGGACGCUGGUCGGGCACUUCUCGGGGAUGACGCAGCGGACGGUCCGAGACAAGUUUGCGCGUCUGACGCAGAUGGCCACAAUUCUGAACCUCGAGAAAGUGAGCGAGAUCCUGGAUUACUGGGGCGAGAACUCGGGGCCGAUGACGUGGCGGCUGACCCCAGCGGAAGUGCGGAGAGUGCUUGGUUUGCGGGUGGACUUCAAGCCGGAAGCCAUAGCCCAAUUGAAGUUAUGAUUGGUCCUCUGUAGAUAUUGUCCACGUCUUAACCGUCAGCUGGCGCAUUGCCGCAGUCAUUUCGAUUUUUUACUCAAAAUAAAAGCUGUACGCGACCAUGGAAGCCAUGCUUGAUCGGGGACUAUAGGGCUCUGGCUAUCCAAUAGUUGCAACUGUGCAGGCCUUACCUUUCAUCAUGAUUGCAUAUUCCUUUCCAACGCCAGGAAGAUAAUCAGG